AAAUAAGUGGCUAAAUUUUUCCGAGCGGAUACCUAAACUAGUAGAAACAAAAAAAGACAACACAACAGGCAAAAAUUUUCUGAAGAACUAUAAUUACCAAUCAUAUAAUGAAAGACAAAAAGAAGUAUUGGGAUUUGCAUUAUUACCGCUAAUUAUACCACCCUGUCCCAUUAAAUAAAAAAAAAGUGGUACGCGAUACAAACCUUCGAAAGUAGAAACACAAGAAGCAUUUUGUUGUAUUAUAGAGGAUAUUAGCAAAUUAGAAGAAAAGUUGGAGAGUCGAAGGAAUAAACUCUUAACUUUUGGUGAAACAUUACAACCAUCCGUAGUUUUAGUUGGAACUGUAGACGGAAUUACAUCUUCUUACGUAAUCAUCAAUGACACUCAAUAUAAAUUGGAAACACCAAUGAAAGCUGUAGAUGUCUGUUUCAAGGUAUAUCAUGCAACUAAUGCCAAGUAUCCAAUAGAAGCGGAACAUAUUUGGACGUUUAUACAGCAAUAUAUUUAUGAAAUUUAUACGCCAUCGGAUAGAUCGUUUGUAAGUUUGAAUGCAUUCACUUCAGAUAUAAAUAGCAUAGUAACCUAAGAAAAUGAAAUGUUUUAAGUGCAAAUGUGAACUAAGCUCAAACACUUUACUUCUUUCACAUUUAAAACAUGUGCAUUAUUUAAAACACCAAGAUAUUCAUAAGUGUAUUGACUGCAAUCGAACAUACAGUAACUUAAAUGCAUUCAAAAAGCAUUUAAAUAAAAAUCACGUUUUGAUAUCUAAUUCUACUUUAAGGGAGGCUACUCCUUUAGACAGUGCAAUAAGUUUGGAUGUUCCAUUGAAUCAAUCAAUUAAUUUGCUAGAUAACGUUAACCAUGAGUCAGUACAUUCACCACAUGAUUUUGUAACCCCCCUUUAUCCAAAAAAUAACAUAGACAUUAAUGCAGAAUGCCUUAAAUUAGUUAGUAGUUUAUACUGCCAUUCUUACGUUAAUCGUAAUUCUGUUCAAAUAUUUGUUGAAAGUAUUAAACGAUUCAUUGACGAUUUUUAUGUGCCAGUUUUAAUUGAAAAAAUCAACAGCUAUGUAACUUCCAAUGUAGACCAAGAUAAGAAUUUCAUUAUUGAUGGUUUAAUACAUAUGAUAUCUUACUUUAAAAAUCCAUUUGAUGGCCUUGGAACUGAAUACAAAAGAUUCAAGACUUUUGAAAACACGAGAUUUUUUAUAAAACCUGUCAAUUAUAUAAUUGGCCAAAGAAGUCAUUUCAAAGUUCUUGACGGUGUUGGGUGUUUAAUUCCAGAACCAGUUCAUGCUAAAUUUAUUCCUUUACGGCAAAUAUUCAGUGCACUUUUUCAGUUACCCAAUUUUUUGUUAGACGUGAGGGCAUAUAUCCAAACUUUGGACAAGGAUUCAUUUGUUUUAACCAGCUUUGUUCAAAGCAAUAUUUGGCAACAAAAACUGCUUCAGCAUAAUAACAAAACUGUACUUCCACUAUUUAUUUAUUUUGAUGAUUACGAAGCGGGGAAUCCUCUGGGAUCUCAUAGUGGUAAGAACAAGUUAGGAGCAGUGUAUGUUUCGAUUCCCUGCAUACCGCCUCAAUUUCAAGCACGUUUAAAAAACAUUUUUUUUAACAUUACUCUUCUACAGCAAUGAUAGAAAAGAAUUUGGGAAUUCUGCAAUAUUUCAAAUUUUAAUCGAUGAACUCAUAUUUUUGCAGUCUGUUGGAAUCCUUAUAGAUAUCAACGGCCAAGGUGAAAGAAUUUACUUUGCAUUAGGACUUGUUUUGGGAGAUAACUUAGGUUUGCAUUCACUGUUAGGAAUGGUGGAGAGUUUCUCCGCUACGUAUCAUUGCAGGUUUUGUUUAGCGACAAAAAAUCAUUGUAAGAAUCUAUGUAAAGAAGACGUAAAUUUGUUAAGAACUAAAUCUUGGUAUGAUGAACAUAUAAAGCCUGACACACUUGAUUUAGGAAUCAAAGAAAUAUGCAUUUUUAAUCAAAUUAACGGUUUUCAUUUUUCAGAAAAUUAUGCAGUUGAUAUCAUGCAUGACGUGUUAGAAGGUGUCUGUAAUUACGUAAUGACUGCAAUAUUACAAAAAUUCAUACUAGAUUUAAAACUAUUUAGCCUAGAAAUAUUAAAUUACAGAAUAAAAACUUUUAAUUUCGGUAUUCAUGAUAUUAAUAGACCCCCACGUAUAAACAGGGAAUCGUUAAACACUAAACUGAGAAUGUCUGCCUCAGAAAUGUUAAGCUUUUGUCGAUAUUUUGGACUAAUAAUUGGCGAUAUGAUUCCACGCAAUAACCACAUUUGGCAAACGUACUUGUUGUUAAAAAAAUUACUAGACAUUAUUCUUUCACCAAUACUUCACCGCAAUACCUAUAUUGUGUUGAAUGAUUUAAUAUUAGAUUUUCUUACGAAUUGUAUUGAUGUACUCCAUUUAACAUUGAAACCAAAAUUCCAUCAUUUAAUACAUUAUGGAAGAGUAUUUCGUAUGUCUGGUCCUUUGAUGUUACAUUGGUCAAUGAGAUUCGAGGCCAAACAUAGGGAGUCGAAGGUAACUGCUAACAUUUCUUGUUCAAAAAAAAAUCUACUCGAAACUAUUUGCACAAAACAUCAGUUAAAAUUAUGCCACUUUUUAUUGUCAGCCGAGUUUUUAAAAGACAAUUUUAAUCACGGCUUUAUUACUGAAGCAAACACACACGAUUUUGCAAUAUUUUCUGGAACAAAUUUUACAAAUGUAGUUACAACAAAGUGGGUUGAAUUAAAAGGUACAAUUUACAAACCAUCAGUUACAUUAAUAACAAGUUUUGAAAAUGAUGGCUGUCCAACAUUUGGAGAAAUAGUAGAAAUAUUUAUUAUAAAUGACAAAGUUUGGUUUCUGUUAAACAAAUAUAGCACUGAACGAUUUAAUGAACAUUAUCAUUCGUAUGAGGUACAAAUUACUUUAGGAGAAAAAUUGAUAGAAUAUUCAAAGUUGUUAUGUACAACACCAUGCCUUUUGACUAAAAAAGAUAGUAAG